AUGGAUUGGAGCCUUCAAGGUCUGUUAGUAGCCGGAGAACUGGUGCAACGCAAUGCACAGAGGAAACAAUAUGGAUCAAAAGAAUUCCCUUUACACGGAAGGAAUAUAUGUAUUUUUAUCUAUCUAUCUAUCUAUCUAUCUAUCUAUCUAUCUAUCUAUCUAUUUAUGUCAGUGUCUUCUUAUCUAUCUACUUCAGUCCUUUCGUAUUUAUCUAUCUCAGCUAUCUAUCUAUCUAUCUAUCUAUCUAUCUAUCUAUCUAUCUAUCUAUCUAUCGCAGUGAUUUCUUAUCUCACUUUCUCUAUCACUCUUUCUCUCUCUCUAUUUCAGUGUCUUCUUAUCUAUCUAUCUAUCUAUCUACUGCAGUUACUUCUUAUCUCGCUUUCUCUCUCUCUCUGUCUCUCCCUCUCUCUCUAUCUAUCUAUCUUUCUCAGAGUCUUCUUACCUAUCUAUCUACUUCAGUCCUUUCGUAUCUAUCUAUCUAUCUAUCUAUCUAUCUAUCUAUCUAUCUACUGCAAUAACUUCUUAUUUCACUUUCUUUCUAUCUAUCUAUCUAUCUAUCUAUCUAUCUCUAUCUAUCUAUCUAUCUAUCUAUCUAUAUAUAUAUAA